AUGAUGCAGUUUGGUCAGUUUGAUUACAGUAGCCAGAGCAGUAACUAUGGAAUGGAUACCAGUUACGCAGGCCAUCAAACUCCCGGUUAUAACCCGUCCAUUCUCACGCCAGACACUUCACAAGCUUUCUCAGCACCACCAGGGGGAGAUAACUAUGAUGAUGAGCCACCUUUGAUGGAAGAUGAUUUCAAGGAAUUUCAAGUGAUGAUUGAAAAUAAUACAAAAAGUUGGAGUAACUACAAUUAUUCGGACAGAGAUAUAUGUUAUAAACACAAUAACGCUGCACCAGUGUCAACGAGCUUUAAUAUAACAUGCAACAAAACUUUGUUCGGCAAUCAGGUCAGAAUUCUGCUCACAACCAAUUCCGCACAACUUGUUUUGUGUGAUGUCAGAAUUUAUGGAGAAUGUGAUGAUGGAACAUUUGGUGCAAGUUGUACAAAUAAAUGUGGUACUCACUGCAAAGGUAUAUGUGAUAAAGAUAAUGGAACCUGCGAAUCAUGUGAGCCUGGAUGGACGGAAAGUCGUUGCACAAAAGAAUGUUACGAAACGACUGCCGCUAACUACAACGGAUCUCGAAAUACAACUGUGGAUGGUACUAAAUGCCAGCGAUGGGAUGCUCAUGUUCCUCAUACACAUAUCUUAGACAGAACUGGAAUAUUUCCAGAUGUAUCCGCUACCGAAGCUUCAAACUACUGCCGCGAUCCGGAUGGUGAAGGAUCACCAUGGUGUUAUACAACAGACCCUAAUAUCAGGUGGCAGUUUUGUGGAAUUGACACAUGCCAUAGUGAAUGUAACGCUGGAACAUUUGGUGAUGAAUGUACAAGGACAUGUAGUAGACAGUGCAAGGAUUCAGUAUGUAGCAAAUUGAAUGGUGUUUGCAAUGAGGGCUGUAUACCGGGUUACAAAGGACGUCAUUGUAAUACCUCGUGUAAAACUGGAACAUAUGGUGACAGCUGCAAGUUUAAUUGCAGCGGAAACUGCAGAAAUAAUGAAGUAUGUAGAAAGACCGAUGGUGUUUGUGCGGGAGGAUGUAGUCCUGGGUUUAAAGGAGCAAAAUGCGAUCAAAUGUGUAAGGAUGGAAAAUAUGGAGACAAUUGUACACAGAGCUGCAGUGGAUACUGCAUAAAUAGCACUGACUGUAGAAAGACAGAUGGAAUUUGUGUUGAUGGAUGUAGUCCAGGAUAUAGAGCAGACAAAUGCGACCAAAAAUGUGUUGACGGCAAGUAUGGUAGAAACUGUGGCUUUAAUUGUAGUGGUAACUGCAGAAAUAAUUCAGUAUGCAAUAAACUAGAUGGUUCCUGUGCCAAGGGAUGCAAAAAGGGUUACAUAGGGAAUAACUGCAACGAAAAAUGUCCGGAUGGAUUUUAUGGAGCAAACUGUACUUCCAACUGCAGCACACAUUGCUUAAAUAACACAGUCUGUUUACAUACGAAUGGUACCUGUAUCAACGGAUGUGAUCCUGGAUGGAUCGGUUACAUCUGCAAGGAUGAAUGUGAACAUGGAAUGUAUGGGAAGGAAUGUGCAUCCAACUGCAGUUCAAAUUGUUUCAAUGGUUCAGUAUGUAUGCACACAAACGGUUCCUGUAUAAAUGGAUGCCAUCCAGGAUGGACUGGAAAGAACUGUAUGAAAGAGUGCCCGGCUGGAACAUACGGACUUGACUGUAGUUUAAACUGUAGUGACCAUUGCUUGAACACCUCUUUAUGUAACUCUGUAAACGGAUAUUGUUCGUUGGGAUGUGAGCAAGGCUGGAUAGGAAAAACAUGUGAUAGCACGUGCCCAAAUGGAACGUACGGUAAAGAAUGUUCCUCCAACUGCAGCACAAAUUGUUUGAAAGGGUCAGUAUGCUUACAUACAAAUGGUUCCUGUGAAUCUGGAUGCGCUCCAGGUUGGGUAGGAGAAACCUGUCAACAAGUUGAGAAACAAGUUGUAGUGGAAGGUGUCACAGAAGGAGUUUCUGCAGCUAUUAUUGCGGUUGUGGUUAUUGUGAUAGUAACUGUGAUACUUGCAGUAUUUUACAUGAAGAGGAAUACAUUAGUUGAAAAAUUCCAUUCACUUCAAGUCUUGUAUCACAGUCAACAAAAACGAGAUGAAAACUCCUUUCAUAAUGAGAUGUUCAUGCACGAACAUGCUGAAAUAGAAGGCUUUGCUUCCGGCUAUGGUGAACUGAUGACUGCUCAAAACACUGACCCAACGUAUGCUAAUACAUCAUUGGCAGAUGCAGACAGUCAGCUGAAAAGAGUGAAAGGUAAAGACACCAUUUCUUCGAGCAGACAUCCGGGAGGUAAUUCGUGCAGUGCCAAACAAACAAAGUGGUUUACAGGUCAAAAUGACAUGGAAUAUUACAAUAUCACGCCUAUGAGGCGGACGGCGAAUACAAUUUAUUUAUCAGACCUGGAACAGUUUAUGAAGGAAAAGUGUCUGAUCGAAGGAUAUUUUCAAUCUCAAUUUGAGACUAUAGCUACGGGAUUUCUUUAUCCAACAACUGUUGCUUUAAAGCAAAGGAACUUACAUAAAAACAGAUUCAAGAAGAUGUAUCCAUAUGAUCACUCUCGCGUAAAGCUGAAAGUACUACCAGGACAACCUGACUCCGACUAUAUAAAUGCCAGCUUCAUAAAGGGUCAAAGGAAAGACCAGGCAUACAUUGCUGCACAAGGCCCUGUGAGUGAAAACGUCAAUGAAUUUUGGAGAAUGAUAUGGGAGAUUGACGUUAGGACUGUGAUUAUUGUAACUAACUUUGCAGAGAAUGGAAAGAUGAAAUGCAUUCAAUAUUGGGAAAAUAAGGAUGAGGCCGUGAUAUAUGGUCAGAUAAAUGUAACAUUGAAAACUGAAAAGAUAUUUGCUGAAUUUACCAUCAGAGAAUUCAGUGUCUUCCACCAGGAAGACGUGCUGAUGAAACGAGAUAUUACUCAGUUCCAUUUCACAGCUUGGCCAGACAAAAGUGUUCCAAAAACAAUUCCAAGUUUGUUGCAUUUUUGGCGAAAAGUGAGACAAAAUGAUGAAAAUAAAGCACGUACAUGGCUCAUUCAUUGCAGUGCUGGAGUUGGCCGUACUGGUACAUUUAUUGCCCUGGAUAUAUUGUUUGAACAAGCAGAACAGAUGGGAUUCAUUGAUGUGUACCAGUGCGUCAAAGAUUUGCGAGAACAACGAGUUAAUCUAGUCCAAACACAUGAACAGUAUGUAUGCCUCUACAAGGUAAUGCUAGAACUAUUCUGCCUACCUUUCAAGCCGGUAAAUGUAGAUGUAUUCAUGACAAAGUACCAUCAGCUAUUAGAGAAAGACAACAAGUCAAAAAAGUUAAAAUUACUAUUGGAGUACGAGUCAUUAGAAAAUGCCAAGAUAUGGCUGAAAGCAAAUAACAGAAGACGCGAAAGCAGAGAAGAACCGACGGACAAACUGACCAAAAAGAACACGUUCGGAUAUAUCGACAAUAUUGAAAGUGGUGAAUUUAGGCCCAUUUUAUCAACGUAUGUGCCUGGCUGUACAAACUCUAUAAAAGCUGUCUAUGUACCGAGCUAUUUCGACCUACAUGAGUAUAUCAUCGUACAGUGUCAUCCUCAAUAUAAAAUGGAAACAUGUCGCCUGAUUAUCGAGAAGGACGUAGGUCUUGUUGUUACAUUUCCCACAGACAUAAAAACUACCGCUUUCUUCGAGCUUUCUGCUUCGGAAAACGACCCGUUUGUUGUGCUCUGCCAGUCACAGAUACAAACAGGAGAAUACACAAUUAAAGACCAUGUUUUACAGAGUCCAAACAAGAAACAUUGUUUCAAAGAAAUUGUUUUCGAAUGUUGGUCGUCAAAGAGUAUUGUACCAGACAGCCCUCAAUCAAUGCUAAAUUUAGCCACAGAAAUAAACCUUCAAGGGCAACAAGUAUCGGACUUACCUCACGGAAGAAAGUAUAUUCUUUUCCAAUGCUCGAACGGCGUUGACAGAUCAGGGUUGGUGGCUGUGUUAUUGAAUGUGUUGAAUCGAACACGUUUCGAUAAUGAAGUGUCGAUCCCACAGGUCAUACAAAGAUUAAGGCACAACAGAAGAGAAAUUAUACCAAAUUUUAAACAAUACAAGUUCUGUUAUGACGUGUUGUGCUGUCACCUGGAAAGCAACGCCACAUAUGCGAAUGUGUAAUACAUUUACACGAUUGCAUGAACUUACAAUGAACUGCGAAUCGCAAAACAAAACUGAUAUGAGCACUUACAUUGAUGGUGUCCAUGGCUGUCGGCCGAAUACUUAGAUUUCGAUACAAGUACUUGUACACGUAUGUGUUGAAUACCCGUGCGCCUGUGAGUUAACUGAUUUGUUCGUUACAAAUAGAGUACACGUGCGCGUUCAAGUAUGAAAUCGCAAAUGUUUCUGAACAUGUACCUUGCAAUGUCAACUUUUUGAUGAAAUAUAGCAAUACAUUGUACAUAAUUGUAUACAAUCUGCUUAUGAAUAUAUUUUUAGGAAAGGUUUAUCACAUUUCUCGGGAAUUAAUUUUAGUUUGGAAUAAGUCACAUUUUAAAGAGAUACAAAUACUAUGACCCGGAUCAAUUCUUAUCAACAAAUUAACAAUAGAACUCGAAUCUAAACACAUCAUAACAGAAAAGAAAAGAAAAAUGUUUGAUCGACUUUAGUAGUGUGCUCCUUAUUUAUACACUUAAAAAAAUUCAAGUUCAAAACUAUAUAUUCUAAACAAAAUAAUACAUACACAUUUAAACAAAGUAAAGAAGGAAUUAGGUAUAUAUUGAUAUAGUCUAUACAAAAUUAUGUAAUGCAUACAAAUUAGUAUUUUAAAGCAAAGAAGAUACAGGAAUAUAUCAAGUGUCGCAUAUUAUAUAAUGUCAUUUUCAAUAUUAAAGUUGUGUAAAAGGUUUGUUCCUAUUUUAACUCUUAAAGGCACUCGCUACAGUUUUUCCGGACGGGUUGAUAUUUACCCCAACACCGUGCCAAUUUGGUUUCGAUGUAGCUCACUGCAGUGUUGGUGCGGUCUUCUGCGCAUGCCCGGAAGUGAUUAUCUAAUGUCGCGUACGGCAAAAAAUCGCAAAUUAUUGUAUGUUCGCAUGCAUUUAAUGUACAAAAUGUAUAAUAUGCUGAGUAAAGGUUAGGGUAAGUAUCACCAUGGUUACAAAAUAUAUACAUUUAAAGUACUUUUAGUUCAGAUUGCUUCAAUCCGACAUAUCGAGGGCUGACCGGGAAACUAUUGUAUCUGACAUUUUGACCAAAAAUGGUUUUAUUGCAUUUUCUUAAGCCUUUUAUUGUCAUACAUCUACUGCAAAAAUAUUAUAAAAACUUUCCAAUAAUUUCUUGUUCUUUUUUUAAUAAUGUGAAAAUAUUGUAUCUGCAACCAUCAACUUCUUAAAAGUUCUUUGACCGGGAAACUAUUGUAUCUGCCUCCUAAGCACAUGCAAUAGUUUCCCGGUAACUUUUCCUGUUACAGUCUCAAUUUGAAAAAACAUUAUUUGUGACAUUAUGGUCUGUAAUUUAAACACCAAACAAGGAGAAAACUUGUUACUGUUGUUCAGGUUUUAUGUGAAUAUUAAAGAACUAAAAUAAAUAAUAGUUUACAUUAACAUUUUCACAUAAUGUGAUACAGAUACAAUAGUUUCACGGUAACUGCAAACACACUGGUUAUGAAAUAAAAUGUUGUAUGUGCAAACUUGUAUGGUGGUGUCAGGUCUUGAUUUACUUAGAACAAGUGAAUCCUUCAUGCAAACAGUGAAGUCCCUAAUCAUACGUCACAUUCUGUUGCGUCUGAGGUUGGUCUUCAGCGUUUGCCAAAGUCCUCACUCGCAGAUUGCUAGGCAUGAAUUGUUUAAACAAAACCUGUCCAGAAAUGUUUGUGAGGUGACCCUCUACCAAGAUGCUUCUACCAAGAUAUUUCAAGCUGUUCUUAAAAUCACUUCUUUUACAUACACUUAUGUAGGAAAAGAUUUGAAAAUAUUAUCUAGUCUAAAAUCAAGAAGCCAAGAGCUUUAAUAUACAUUUGGUAAAUUGGUAUCACUGAGGUGAGAGUUUCACGACUCUGUAGAUCCUCAUGUUAUUUUUAUUGUUGGAAAAUUGUUACAAUUUUUUCAGAAAGAACUCGGCUUGUAAGCUUCAAAGCCAAUUUCCCCCAAAAAAAUUAAUGCUGAAUACUAUUACAUAAUUGAGCCAUGUCAUGCAAAAAAGUGUCUUCAUGACUGAGUAAAUUUCUGUCAAGACUUUUCUGUGCUUUUAGUUUGUUGAAAUAGGAUCAGAAAAUUGCUUCUUGAAAAAGUUUAAUAGGUCUUUUGUUACUUAGCAAACAGUGUGGGCCCUGAUCAGACUGAUCUGGGCCCACAGUGUUUGCAAAGUCCUAAAGAUUACCAAAGGCAGUUGUUAGUGUGACGUGGCUCUAUUAUAACCAUGUUAAUUCAUACAGUCAUGGCUUACACUUUAAUGGCUAUGGACUUAAUUUUGUACAUACUUUUAUGAAAAUAUAGAAGACGGAGUUAGCCAUAUGUCAUUCUGUUAUGUGACAUAAUGGCUUAUCUUGUUGCUUUUUCUUGUCCUUUACUUUUGAAAAUGGCAGCAUGACCAAAUUAGGUCAAUGAUGCAUUACCUUAGUUUCCUUUGUGACUCCUCUCGGAUUAUGCUGUUCUGUCACAUGGGAGGGUUGUAUGCUUCGGAGAGGGUAAGGACAUGACAAAAUGCCUAAGUUUUUAUUUAUUUAUUGCACAUGCGUGUGGUCAUGUGCUUGCUUUCUGGCUUUUCAUUUUGCUGUCUGUCAUUUUUGAAAUUUUAGCCUCAAAUAUUGAUAAAGGUGAUUAAGUUAUUGUAAUAAACUGAAGUUCUGUUAAAAACAUCUUGUCGAUUUUGUCCUUUUUUAUUUGUACUAUAACGAUUUAAAUUUUUGAGUGUAUAUGAAUACCUUUGUCCAAAAAAGAAAAAGAGACAGUGUCAUGUAGAAAUCUCUGUUUUCAGCAAUUUUUUAAAAUGAUUCUUGAUAAUAUUCUGUCUUUACCAAAGUUUCACUAUACUACUGUAGCUGGAACACAGGUGAUACAGAGAACAAAAUCACAUAUUAAAUUGUUCACAUAAAGGUAAAUUAGGCCUUAAUUUUUUUUUGUUUUCGGUAGCAUGCACAAAAUAAAUUAGGGUAGGUAGGUUGGAAAAUGUUUUUUGUUUGUUUAAAAUUAUUGAGACUUUUCGGAAAUUAUUUUUAUGUCAAGAAAUGAAUACAAAUAAGGAGGUUAUGUCUUUAGAGCACCAAUAAGUUCCUUUCUAACAUCAAUGACAAUGUUUAAAGCAUAAAAAGUGCAGUUCUGCAUUUUUUAUUAAAUAUUUGAAAAAAAAAUUCGUUAAGGCCAUAAAAACAUUAAAAUUUUAGGGUCGGAC